UGACAAUUUCACAACAUAGUUUUUGCCGCAAACCAAAACAAAUUAAAUUCAAUUCAAUGCAACUUCAUUUCUUACUUUUUUUUUUGUCUUCAUUCAUCCUUUUCUUUUCUCCCCAUUUUCUUCUUCCCAACCUUAAACUCCUCUCCAAACUUUCAGAUUAUCAGCUGGAGAUUUUGGGGUUUUGACUUUUUUGAGACUUUGUUGGUACAUAUAACAUUCUACUUUCACAAAACCAUGGUUGGUGGGAUUGAUACUACAUCAAUUGAACCUGUCCGGGUUGGCGUCUCUUUAUUUGACGAUAAAGGUGAUUCGGAUAAAUUUCUUCCUGCAAGGAAUAAGCGUGACUAUGAAAAAGAGAUUGAAGAUUUGACAAAGGAAUUGGACAACUACAAGACACAAUUAGAAGCAAAGCAUGUUGCACACAUCAAAGCGCUUCUUAAGCCGGAACAAAACCAAAAGAUGAUUCAUGAAUUGUCUACAUUGUUGAAAAACUCUGAUAUUGAAAGAAACAAGUACAUGAAUGAAUGUUCGGAGGGUAAAGCUAGCAAAGACGAACUUGAAUCAACGAUGAAAGAGAUGGCUGAUCUUAAAUUAGAAACUGCAAAACUCCGGGACCAGCUUUCACAUGUUUUGGUUGAAUUGAAGGCCUCACAAAGGGAGCUUCUUAACAAAGAUACUGAGAUUUUUGCUGCUAGAGAUUCAGAAUCGAACGCUGUCACUAAAGCGAAACAGUUGGAAAAUGAUUUGAAGUUGGAAAAGGAACUGAAAGAAGAACUUCUUCAUCAAGUAUUUGAGCUUAGUGAAAUUAUUCACAGGUCAAAACUUGCUGCUGUUAAAACUGAGAAACGAAAUAUCGGUAUGUUGUAUCAGAAAGACGAGAAAAUUCAAUUGGCUACACAAGAUAAUGAUCAAGCACAACAGGAGAUGGAAGAUAUGAGAAAGCAUAUAGAUAUUCUACAUGGAUUGCAAAACAAACAAAUGGUUGAUGAAGCACACAUUUUGUCUGAGGAUUCAAACUUGUUAAAGAAUGACAUUGAGCAAAAGGAAAGAUAUAUGAUGGAUCAAUCUGCUUAUAUUUAUAGAUUAGAAUUGGAAUUAAAUCAGUUAAAAAAUGAACUUUCAAGUGCAAAGGAGGAGAUAAAUGAAUUGAAUAUUAGCAUUGAAUCGCUCAUAAGUGAGUUGCGCAAGGCCAAAGAUGAGUUGAAGAUGAAUAAGGAGAGAGACAUUGAAGCAGAAGUGGAGAUUGCAUUGCUGAAAUCUCAUCUUCAAGAAUGUAGGUCGGCUUACAAGAAUGAAUAUGUCACUGAUCACUCAAAGGGUGAAGCUGAAGAGAGGAAUAGUGAGAAAAACAAUGACAAUAUCACAAUCUCUUUGGUUAAAGAAGCUGAAAAAGAAAAUGGAAAAGGAAACCAUUUAGAGUUAGCAUUGAUGAAAAAGGAGCUUGAAAAUGCAUCGUUGAAGAUUUCAGAGAUGAGAACUCGUGCAGAACAGGCUAUGAGCCGAGCUGAGUUAGCUGAGAAUGGUAAAGCAGCAUUGGAGGAGAAAAUAAGGAGACACCGUGAACAUAGGCUGAGAAAGAAGGCGGCCCUAACCGCGCUUCGGGAGGAAUCUACACCAAAACCGUUUACUCCUUCAACAUCAUAUGGAACACCAAGUAUACAUCAGCCAUUAGGUAAAGUUCUUAAUAUGAAGUUGUAAAAGUUUGACUUAACUACACAUUUGGUCCCUUACGUUUAUUUUAGAUUUCAAUUUGGUCCCUUACGUUUAAAAAGUAUCA